AUGAACGCCCAAGAGCUCACCCAUUACCUGGCUGACGCGCCGCCCUCGGUCGUGAGACUGGAGAUCGAGAAGCACUUCGAGCCCCUCACCGACAAGCAGAAGCGCUACGCGCACUUUAUCAGCAAACCUCUGGAACCGGACGCGCCAAGCUUUUAUGGGGCGUGGGAGCUAAAUGAGACCCCCAGAGCCUCCUUUGCUGGUAGCCGUAUCGUGCUCAGACAGCUGUCCCCGGAGUCGGAGCCCAUCUACGACUUCAUCAUUGCCUUGCACAAGUCGAGUGGAGGCGACUGGAACAGCCUCGCCAAGAAGGCCGGUGUCGACGAGACUCAACUGUCAUACUUCCUUGAGUAUGCUGCCCAGUUCUUGGGGAACAAUGGUAACUACAAGAGCUUCGGCGACGCCAAGUUCAUCCCCAGGGCCGAGGAGAAGACCUUUGCUGCUUUCGCUGCCACCUCGCCCAAGGCUGAGCGUUUCUACAAGGCGACAAAUGGCGCCAUCUUCAGCUCCGACAAGCAGGCUCUGAUGCACCUCGGAUACCCUGACAAGGGCCACAUGACUACCUACUACCCCGACUCACCUCACAUCACCCAGAAUGAAAUCGAGGCCGUGUCUGCAUGGAUGGAGAAAAAGGGUCUUCUCCCCGAGAAUACCCGUCUCCGCAAGACCAAGGAGGGCUCCUUUGAGCUUCUUAUUGCGUCUGCUGUCACCAGUGUUCCCACUGAGGGGGGUGAUAUCGGCAAGGAGACCGAGUUCCAGCUCGAAGGCGACCUUCUCACAGGUAAGACGAUCAAGCUGGUGUACGGCGACUACGCCGAGGAGAUGAAGGCGAUUUCCGAAUAUAUCAAAAAGGCACAGGAGAACAGCAGCAACGAGAUCCAGGCGAAGAUGCACGAGGCCUACGCUAAGUCUUUCUCAUCCGGCUCUCUGCUUGACUUCAAGGACAGUCAGAGAUACUGGAUCAGAGACAAGGGCCCCAUGGUUGAAUCAAACAUUGGUUUCAUCGAGACCUACAGAGACCCCGCUGGUAUUCGUGGGGAGUGGGAGGGCUUCGCUUCAGGCACGUACACUCACCAUCCCUUCUUGGACAGAAUACUGACGACUUUUGAACGUACACGUGCUUUCGGCGAGCUUGUGUCCUCUGCACCUAAGUUAAUCCCUCUCCUUCCUUGGAGCCAGGAUUUCGAGAAAGACAAGUUUCUUUCGCCCGACUUUACCUCUCUCGAAGUCUUGACCUUUGCCGGCUCGGGCAUUCCUGCUGGCAUCAACAUCCCCAAUUACGAUGAUAUUAGACAGACAGAGGGCUUCAAGAAUGUUUCUCUUGGCAACGUCUUAAGCGCCAAGGCUCCCAACGAGAAGAUUCCGUUCAUCUCGGAAGCCGACCUGGAGCUGUACCACAAGUACAGGGACCCUGCAUUUGAGGUCCAGGUUGGCCUCCACGAGCUGACUGGCCACGGCUGUGGAAAGCUGCUCCAGGAGACCUCUCCUGGAACUUUUAACUUCGACGAGAAAAACCCCCCUGUCAGCCCCUUGACCAACAAGCCUGUCACCACGUGGUACAAGCCUGGCCAGACCUGGGGAUCUGUCUUCGGCAGCCUCGCAGCUUCGUACGAAGAGUGCCGUGCUGAGCUUGUGGCCAUGUAUCUUGGUUGUGAGUUUCCCGUUCUCAAGAUCUUUGGCUUCGGCGACGGAACCACGGACAUCAACAACGAGGCCGGCAACGUCCUAUACGCUGCUUACCUCCAGAUGGCCCGUGCCGGCCUUGUCUCUCUGGAGAUGUGGGACCCCAAGAGCCAGAAAUGGGGCCAAGCGCACUCCCAGGCUCGCUUCUCUAUCCUGCAGUGUUUCCUUCAAGCUGGUGAUGACUUCUGCAAGUUGGAGUAUAAGAACGACGACUUGUCUGACCUUGAGAUCAAGCUGGACCGCUCCAAGAUUUUGACCACUGGUCGCGAUGCUGUGGGCAAGUACCUCCAGAAGCUUCACGUGUACAAGGUCACCGCCGACGUCGAGAACGGCACUGCAUUCUACAAGGAGAUGACCAAUGUCGAUAUGGACUUCUGGGGCACCAAGGCCAGGAACGUUGUUCUGAAGAACAAGCAACCCCGCAAGGUCUUCGUUCAGGCCAACACAUUCCUGGAUGAGGCGUCGGGCAAGGUCAGCCUGAAGCACUACGAGGCGUCUCCAGUCGGCAUGAUCCAGAGCUGGGCCGAUCGCGAGUUGUGA